CAGCCUGCAGAUCAGUCAGCUUCAGGUUUCACCUCCACCAACUACUACACAGCAAGAUCUGCUCCUCCACACUGGAAACCAUUAUUGGCUGGACCUGCAUCUUCUAACCAAAAAGCACACUCCUCUGCUGCAUAGCGGUGCCAUGCUGCCGGGAGGCUGUGGAUGAGAAAGUAUGUCGUCAGACUUCUACCUCAGAGAUGAUCUGGUGGAGAGGGGGUUCAUCCCCCUGGACAUCGACAACGUCCACAUGCUGCUGCAGGUGGAACAAGAACAGAUUCAGAAGAAGACCUUCACCAACUGGGUCAACGCUCAGCUGACAAAGCGGAGGCCACCGUGUAUGGUCCUGGAUCUGUUCAAUGAUUUCCGUGAUGGCUCCAAACUGUUGGACCUGCUGGAGGUGAUGAGCGGCCAGCGCAUCAGUCGGGAGAGAGGAAGGGGAAUGUUUCAGCACAGGAGCAACAUUGAGAAAGCCCUUUUGUUUCUAAAGAAGAAAUCGAUCAAACUAGUCAACAUAAACAUUCCUGACAUCAUUGAUGGUAAACCGUCCAUCAUCCUGGGCCUCAUAUGGACAAUCAUUAUGCAGUAUCAUAUCGAGGAGUUGGCCAGCGGCCUCUCGUUCAGUUCCCGUCAGUCCUCCAUGGAGUCUUUGGCCAGUCUGGAUUCGCGCUCCACCCUGUCGAGCCGCUCGGCCAGCAGCAGUCCCGUUCCUCCCAGAGGCUCGCCGCUUCACCACCGCUUCAGGGUUUCUGCCAAGAAGGCCCUGCUGCUCUGGGUCCGGGAACAGUGCCACAAAGCCGGCUGCUCAAUAAGUGUGAAAGACUUCAAAGCCAGCUGGAGGAGUGGAGUGGUCUUCCUGGCCAUCCAGUACGCUCUGCGGCCCGACCUGGUGGAUCUGUCCAAAGCCAGGACCAGAAGCAACAAGCAGAACCUGGAGGAGGCCUUCCGCAUCGCCGAGACGGAGCUGAGGAUCCCCAGACUGCUGGAGCCGGAUGAUGUGGACGUUCGAGACCCCGAUGAGAAGUCCAUCAUGACCUAUGUGGCUCAGUUCCUGCAGUACUCCAAAGACCUGCCAGUGCCAGAGGAAGAAAUGCAGACACAAUACCUGACUCCUAAAAGUCCUUCUCCUGUCAACCUGCCUAUUCACUACACUCCUGCUAUUUCUGCUUCACCUCUGCGACAGGCGACGCCUGAUCGGAAGGCACAGGAAGUGACGUGCUGGCUGGUUCACGCCUACGAAGAGCUGCUGGAGGGAUGGGACUCCACAGAGGGAGAGAGCUACUCAGAGAGAUACCACGUAUUUCAGACCUUUCUGGUGUCCUUUAAUGAGCAGCGGCGUCCCAUCAUGCCGUUGUUGACGGCGAUGAGACGAACCCCGAAACCGAGCGAGGAGCAACGAGCACUCAGAGAGGCGUGGGACAACCUCACCGAAAAGCUACGUGAAUACAAAGUGGAGCUGGACAUGAGUCUCCCGUCCCCGUUGGACACGGUGGCUCGCUGGCUGCUGAAAACGGAGAAGGCUCUGGCCGAGGAGGACGGCGAUCCACAGGACCACGGCCGAGCCGCUCACGACGCCAGGGAGAAACAGGAGCUCCUCAAAGUGUGCAUGGAGGAGAUGCCGCAGCAGGUGAAGACCUUCCAGUCCUUCCAGAACCAAGAUGAGUACGGAAACAUGAUGGUUCCCGCUGACAAGAUAGAUGAACUAAAGAGGAGGUUCACCAGCGUGAGAGUGACUGCUAAAUACCAUGGGAUCAAGCUGGAGUACCGGGAGCAGCGCCACACAGUUUUGGAUGUGUUGGGGCAGAUCAGGACCAAGCUGCGGGUCUGGAAGAGGCCUUACAUCUCCCCAGAGGCUGUCAGGGUGUUGCUGACAGAAUGGCAUGAUGUGGUAAACACACAGGAGCUACCAUCUCUGCUGGAAGCAGCUCUUCAUAAGCUGAAGCAGGUUUCUGAGAAAUAUUCAAGCAAAUCUGCCCUCGCUGCAGAUUACCACCACGUCAGUCAGCAGGUGAAGCAGGUGGAGGAGGACACCGCUGUGGUUUUGGAAGAGGUGACCACGACCAAGAGCACCAUGGGACGGGUGCUGUCUGCCUGGGACACCUACAGCGACUGCCUCAGCUCCCUGCAGGCUUGGCUGGCACAGGGCUCUGUAACACACAGACCUGAGGUGACGUCUGAGUCCAUGGGUGAGUGGGGCUCCCGACAGGCCCACCUGAACGAGGUGGGGAACUUCCUGAUCGAGUCAACUGACCCUCAGACCAGCAGGAGCCUGGUGGAGGAGCUGCGCAGAGUCAACAUGCACUGGGCCGAGUUCUUCAAGAGGAACGCACUUGACAGCACAGCUGAGCCCGGUGCUGACGUCCAGGCCAGACCCCAGGGCAUCCGAGCUCUGAUCGGAGAGGCCACUCUCAUUCUCAAGGAGCCUCUGGAGGUCAUGGCAGCUCCCCUACGCACCUACAGAAAAAGAUUACAGUUCGUAAUGAGGAAAAUAAAAGAAGUGGAUCUUGAGGCUCUGGCUCCCUCCCCAGAAUGCCCAGCGGAUCAGUUACAGAUGCUGAAGCUCACUAUACCUGAAGUGAUGCAGACGUUGUGUGAUGCAGAACAGGUGUGUACAGAGCUGCAGCACAGUGUGUCGGGUCUGGACAGUCGCCUGGCUGAACUCCUGUACUGGGAGACUGAGGCCCGGGAGCUCUACCAGCUGCUGAGGGCUGCAGAGCGACAGCAACAACAACAGCGGGGCCAGGACCCUCGAGCCAGGGCCCUGAUUUCCCGCGGUCUGCAGCUGGAGGGUCAGGUGGUCACAGAGGAGCAGGACCUGCAGGUGUUGGUGAUGACGAGUCAGACGAACUCUCCCAUCCAGUACCUCCACGCCUCCGCCAUGCAGGACCGAGUGCGAGCCGCUGUUGCACAGUCACAGGAAGCUGUAGGUAUGCUGAGCAGCCUGGGAGCCAGAAGAGACAGAAGCAGGAGCCCUCCAGAAGGGUCUCCUCCAUUUAAAGUCUUUAAACAGGCUAAAGACUCAGUCAAAUGGCCGACUCAGCAGUCCGAGACAAAGUUAGUUCAGGGUCAUGGAACCUUUGUGCCAAAGAUAGUGGUGCAGGAGUACAGAGAAGAAAAGGUGACUUCUCCUCCAAUGCCAUAUACCUACGCACAAGCUGUGAAGCAGACUGGGACAAAGUCGCCACCGGAAGGGGCCGCUGUAAAAAUACAGCAGCAGACUCGGGAACAAGGAUUGAUACAGCAGCAACAGCUACUGCAGCAAGAACAAGUUAACAGACGGACGGAAAUGGAGCUACAACAGCAAAAAGUGCACCAGCAGGGGGCGAUGCAAACACAACCACAACAACGGCAAGAACAACAGGUGGAGCAGCAGCAGCAGGUAGAGAUGCAUCAACAUCAAGUUCAGCAGCAGGUGGUAACAGAAUCACCAGAGCCCCAAGAGCAGACUUCACAUCACCAACCACCUGUAAAGAAACCGAUUCUUAGCUCCCAGGAGCUUCAGAGCAGAAAGACCCAGGCCAUGAAGAACCGGCCCUGGCUUCAGAAGGGAGAGCAUAAAACUCCAGAACGGGAUUCCACGCAGGAACCUGUUCAGACUGGACAGACUCAGCUACAGUCAGACAGAGAAACAGUGGUAACGGUUCAGGUUGUUUCACAGCAUACAGCGACUGCCAGGUCACAGACUGAGGAACAUGCAAAGGUUAGUAAGCAGCCACAACAACCGCAAAAAGAGGAGCAGCAAAAACAAAAGCAGCAACCUCAAAAUCUAGAGCAGUUGCAGCAACAACAACCACAGCAGCUGGCAAAACAGCAAAAGCAACAGCAACAGUUGCUACAGCAGCAACAGGAAAAACAACCACAGCCUACUGUAAGAAAGGCUCAACCAGAUUCAGACGCUAAGACUAAAUCCCAGACUGUAACUGUGGCUACGCCUCACCCACAAACGAAGGCCCAAAAUCAGUCACAACCCCAAACUAUGGUUCAGUCUAAAUCUCAGACAGUGGUCCAAGUGCAGUCCACAAGUGUGUCCCACACUACCGCAGACGGUCAGCAACCAAUGAAGACCAUGUCCCAAACCAGAGUGAGCCAAGGUCAGUCACAGACACAAGUUCUUCCACAGCCUCCUGGCCCCAUGAAGACACAUUCAUUGACCCAGACCCAGGUUCAGAAUCAGUCCCAAACAUAUGUCCAAGCUGGACCUCAGCCAUCUAUGCAGCCACAGGGUCCAGUCCAUGGCCCAGCUGUAGUUCAAGUGCAGACAUGGGCGCAGGUCAGACCUUCUUCCCCUAUGCAGGCUCCACUGCAGGGCCAAAUUCAGCCUCCUGUGCCAUCCCAUAUUCAGCUUCGUAGUCAUCCACAGUCAUGGUCCCCUGUCAGGUCACCCUCCCCUAGGCCACCAACACAAAUCCAUCCUCAGUCCAUGGCCCAGCCUCCAAUCCAUCCUCAGUCCAUGGCCCAGCCUCCAAUCCAUCCUCAGCUGACGGCACAGUCUCAAAUCCAUCCUCAGUCGAUGUCACAGGCUCAAAUCCAUCCUCAGUCCAUGAUCCAGUCUCAAAUCCAUCCUCAAUCAAUGCCCCAGCCUCAAAUUCAUCCUCAGUCAAUGCCCCAGCCUCAAAUUCAUCCUCAGUCAAUGUCACAGGCUCAAAUCCAUCCUCAGUCCAUGGUCCAGGCUCAAACCCGUCCUCAAACCCAUCCUCAAUCCAUGGCCCAGGCUCAAACCCAUCCUCAGUCCAUGGUCCAGGCUCAAACCCAUCCUCAGUCAAUGGUCCAGGCUCAAACCCAUCCUCAAACCCAUCCUCAAUCCAUGGCCCAGGCUCAAACCCAUCCUCAGUCCAUGGUCCAGCCUCAAACCCAUCCUCAGUCCAUGGCCCAUCCGCAAGCCCAUGCCCAGCCCAUGGUCCAGGCCCAAACCCAUCCUCAGUCCAUGGCCCAUCCUCAAACCCAUGCCCAGUCCAUGGUCCAGGUCCAGCACCCAGGCCAUAUUUCCCAGAGCCAAAUCCGUGCUUGGACUCAAGUUAGAGUUUCGUCCCCAGUGUCUGUCCAUCUUCCACAGGCUACAGCACAACCUCCACUUUACCCCCAAGGUUACUCCCCGGGUCAGUCCCCAACCCAGCAGUGGACACAAGACCCACAAAACCAAGCCAUUGGCCAGCACAGGCAUCCAAGUCCACAACCAUACCCUCAGCAAAUAGUUCAAGCUCCACAGUCUCAGGCUUAUCCAACAGUUCAGUGGCCCCAAGCUGGGCCUCAGCAGGGACCUCCAGUCAGGCCACCCGGGUAUUCUCUCACGGGGCCAUCGUAUCAAAUGCAAACACAAACCCAACCCUGGGCUCAAACACAACCUCAAAUGAGACCCCAGAGUCCCAUGCAACAACAAUCUCAGAUGAGUGCUUAUAAUUUGUUUCAUAUCCAGACGCAACAAGGCCAAGUUCAGCAACAGACUUGGGUUCAGGCACCACCUCAGCUUCAGCCACAGCCUUAUCCCCAGCCUCAAUCUCAGCAUUAUUCGCAGGUUCAGCAUCAGCAACAAACUCAGAGUCACCCUCAGAUGCAAGCUCAAAUACCUCCCCGAUCGCAACCACCACACCAAGCCCAUCAGCAGCUUCCAUUGCAGCCUCAGCUCCAACCCCAGCUGCAGGCCCAGUCCCAAACAAACAUCCAGACACAGUCAUCGGUACAAGUAAAGUCUCAGACCCAAACUCAGCAGCCUCAGCUCAAGCUUCAGUUCCAACAGCCACCUCCACAGCCAAAGGUUCAGUCACCAACUCAACCAAAAGAUGAAUCACCUCCACAACCCAAACCUCUGGCUCAAUUAGCACCACAACGAGACAUUCAAUCACCAAGUCAACCUAAGGUUCAGUCACCAACCCAACCCAAAGCUGAAUCACUGCCACAGACCAUACCGGAGCCCCAGUUGCCACUUCAACCCAUGGCUCAGUCACCAAUCAAGGCUGAAUCACCACCACAACCCAAACCACAGGCCCAAACAACACCACUACCCGAAGCUCAAUCAGCAACUCAACCCAAAUUUCAGUCACCAACCCAACCCAAGGCCCAAUCACCACCACAGACCCAAACAGCACCACUACCCAAAGCUCAGUCACCAACUCAGCCCAAGGCCCAAUCACUGCCACAGACCAAACCGCAGGCACAAUUUCAGGCUCAGUCACCACCGCUACCCAAGGCCCAAACUGCAGCACAAUCUAUGGCUCAAUCACCCCCACAGGCCAGACCUCAGACCCAACCACCUCCACAGUCAAAACCUCAGUCUCCUCCGCAACCCAAACCUCAACAGCCCCAAACUAUUCUCCUCUCCCAGGUCAAUGUGCUGCCUCAGUCACUGGCGGAGUCACCAGACCUGUGCAUUAAACCUCCGGCCCUGGCCCAGGCGCCUCCCCAGGCCUACACGGAGGCUUACGCCAAGGCCCAGGCUCUGGCCAGAAAUGGCUUUGAGGAGGCCAAGCACUGUCUGCAGGAGCACAUCCUGGAAACCAUCAACGUCUUUAAAAACAAAUGUACAACGGCCGAGCAAGCAUCAGCAAAAGAGGAGACUCUGAAGACCCUGGACCCAGAGUUACUAGAAGAGUUCUUGAGAGCGACCAAGGGCAUGGAGGCCUUUUGUACCCCGUCACAGCUCAGAGACAUGGAGUUCUUCACCCAGUCUGUCAGGACGCAGUGGGAGGCUGUGAGAGCUGAGAUCUCAGGCUUUGUGAAACAAUUACGUUUUGAAGUAACAAGGAAAGACUUUAACAAAGCUGCACUGCAGUGUGAGAUGCACUUAAGCUCCCGCUUAGAAAACCAAGAGCAGGCUUGUUUCUCAGCGGAGGGAAGCUUUGCCCAGGCAGGGCAGCACCUCGAGGCCCUGAAGGAGCUGUGUGACACCCUGAGCCCCGAGGACGCUCACCGCCUGGCCCAGACUCAGCUGAGGGAGUGUGAGACGAGGCUGGCUGCCAUCCAGCGACAGUUCAGCGGAGACCAAGAAGCACCACUCCCUGAUUCUAGGAUUCCCGUUGCCUUCAGCGAAGAUCUGAGCACAGAAAAGGAAACCACAAGACCAAGUGACAAACCUCAAAUCUCAGCUGAGAUGUUUCAAGUGGCAAUGAAGACAGUCGGUGUGGAGAGGAGGGAGGUUGAGAAGCAGACGUCUGUAGAGGAAGAAGUCACCAAGAAGGAGGCUUUAGAAAGAUAUGAGAAUGGUAAGAGGUCUCUGCAAGCCCAACUGGCUAAAAUCGAACAGAGCAUCAAGGAUGUCCCGUCUGACUCCGUCUCUCUGAAAGGCCUCCACACACGGCUCCAGGAAAUACAGUUCUUGAGGCAGGAGACAGAGUCUCUGUGGUCCGAGUACGCAAACCAGUGCUCCCAGUUGAGCGGGAACGCUGGUCUGGAGCAGGAGAAGGCGGAGCUGCAGGAGCAGUGGCGCGGCCAGCAGUCCAAACUUCAGAAGAGGGGCAGCUCGCUGGGCGACGCCCUCCGACAGAUCGACUCCACCGAGAACCACAUGGUGGACUUCACGGACCGCCUGGACCGCUACCUGAGACAGCCCAAAGACAUCACCGCCUUCACACUGGCCAACACCAACAUCCUGAAAGAUAUCAAGGAACUGGAUGACAACAUCCAGAGCGAGUUGGACCAGCUGUCCCGUCUAGACCCUGAAUCCAGCGACCUGGACCCCAGAGACUGCUUGCCUCUGUCCCGUGAGGUGGUGACUCACAGAACUAGCCUGGAUCAGCUCAGACAGCAGGUCCGGAAGAGUGAAGCAGCUGCCCGCGCCCUCGACCGCUUCCUCAUGUCGCUGCGUACCGUGGACGAAGACAUCUCCGGGGUCCAAGGCGCCCCUUGCAGCGACACCGUGGUGCUGCAGGACUGUCGCUCCAAGCUGGCUCUGAUCCGGCAGAGCAUCGACAGUCUGAAAGAAAAGGCGCCUCAGCUGGAUGUGCUCCUGCAAGGCGCCCGGCUGACGGUCACCAGGGACGGCGUCCCGGCCUCCUGCCUGGACAUGGUGACCGCCCUGCUGAGGAGGCUGGAGGAGGCCGACAGUGGGCUGGCCAGCCAGCAGAAGGGCCUCCAGAAGGAGACGCAGAGCAGAUCGCUGGGCCUGAGGAAGAGGACACAGCUGGGGGAGCUGAGGAAGCUGCAGGAAACGAUCGAGUCACAAGGCCUGAAGGAGCCCACCAUACCGGCUGUGCAACACAGGCUGCGUGGCCUGUCAGAUUUGGAGGGUCAGCUGCAGGCCCAGCUCGUAGAGAUCCAGAACCUCCGAGAACUUCAAGAGAAACAGGGAGGAGGAGAAGAACUCCUUCAGGAGCUGGAGACGCAGUGGAAGGAGACGCAGAGAGGUUUUUCUGACAGGAAGAAGCAGUGCAGCGUCCUGCUGGAGCUGCUGAAGAAGUUCCAGAGCUGCCGCAGUCACCUGAGCAACACCAUGCAGAAAGCAGAGCAGACCGUCGGUGAUCAGGCCUCCUACCUGGGCAAGGACAACCUGCAGAGAACUAUUACCAAGGUGGGUGAUAUUAAGGAGGAGCUCGGUGGUGUUGGGGUUCACAUGGAGGAGAUGAGGGGUGUUUGCAGACAGCUGCAGUCUCAACUGAAGAAGUUCCCAGACUGCAGUGAGACUCCCUUCGAAGCCGAGGCCGACACAGUCAUGGACAACUGGCUGGACGUGACGGAGAAGACAGACGCCUACAUGGAUAACCUGCGGGUGGCGCUGGAGCUAUGGGAGAAGCAGCUGAUGCUGGGUGGAGAGGUGGACGGCUGGGCGGGGGCCAAACUGGCUAUGUUUGCAGAGAGCCAUCCCUUCCACAACGAGCAACAAGUACUCGCCAUGAGGGAUGAGAUCCAUGCCAAUGAGGAGAACAUUGAGCAUUUCCACAAGAAGUCAGUAGAGAUCCAGGAGAUGCUGCAGAGUCAGGAAGCCCCGCUGGAGCUGCAGGUGAUGGAAACCCAGCUGAGGAAGAGGAUGGAGCAGGUGAAGGAGCUGUUUGCCGACUGCACCGACGUCUUUGAGGAGCUGAUGGCUGUGAAGAAACACCUGGCUGAGAAGGUAGAGGAGUGCCAGUCAGCCGUAGAGGUCAUCCAGUGCUCCAUCAGUAAUGUUGAUGCGUCACAACCAAAGGUUGAAGACCAGAUGAAGCAUCUGUGUGAUGACCUGGAGGCUCAGGAGGAGCAGGCUGAGGCUGCGCUGAAGGAGGUUGGUCUGGUUUCCAGCGUGGCCAGUCCUCAGGUGCUGGAGGCGCUGUCUGUAGACUGCACCAGGCUGAGGGAGGCCAUCUCCCGCACCAAGGACAUGAUCCACCUGAAGAGAGAGGAGAGGGACAAAGGCCUGCUCAAGGUCCUCAAAGAUGAAAGACAGUCGUUUGAGGAAUGCUUCCAGGAUUUGCAGCUGUCGGUCAACGAGUGCUUUGAACACCCUGAGAGCAGAACAGACGUGGAAACAUCCCUGCAGAGACUCACUGGUUUCUUAAAAUCCAAGGAUGCAGAGAGACGUCUGGAGCAGCUGAAAAGUCAGCUGGACAGAGGCAGCCAGCAGGUUCCUCCCCAGCAGCUCUCUGAGUUCACCGACUGGCUGAAGGAGCAGCAGAAGGAGGUGGGAACGUUCAGAACACACUGCCUCAACAGGCAGAAACAAAUGGAGCCUCUACUCAGUGACUUGAACAGUCUGCAGAAGCAGCACGACAGCUUCCGUGAGUGGCUGCAGAACAAAGAGAAACUAUCUGUGGAGUCGGACAAAGUCAAACAUCUUCUGAAAGACCUUCAGGAUGAGAGCAGCAGAGCUGACACCCUCAGUGAGCUGUUAGCAUCAGUACGCAGACAAGGCGUCCGAGCUGAAAGCCUCCUGAAGGACGGUGAUAACCUGAUACAACGCUACAGAAACCUGGAAGGCCGGCUGCAGAAGCAGGCUGACGCCCAGAGCGCCCUGGAGGGGGAGUUUGACAAGUUUAAUACCCAGGCUAAGAGCACCAGGACCUGGAUAGCUGACCUUGUUCAACCCCUCACCUCCUCUGACAAAGAUACCCAGACAGAGGAGAUGAAACACAAAGCUCAGGCCAUCCUGAGCUCCAAACCUGAGGGAGACGCUAAAGUGGACGACCUGAGAAAGCAAAGCAAACGUCUGUGUGAGCAGGAGGAGCUGAAGAAGGGCAGGAAACAGGAAGUUCAGCAGGCGGUCAGAGAAACGGAGGAGCAGUGGAGGACGGCUCUGCGGUCAGCUGAGGAGAACCUCAGCAAGGCGGAGACGCAGGCGCUGCUAGACAAGGACUUGGACGCCGUCAAAACCCAGAAUGAAAAUGUUCAGUCCUGGAUCAGAGACCUGGAGCAGAACAUGCAGUCGCUUGGUGGUUGCAUGCAAGUUGAAGAAAAGCUCCAGGUUGCGCAAGCUACUCUGAGCUCCAGGCCUGACGGAGAUUCAAAGCUCCAGGAUCUGAAGCGACAGUGUCAGAGUCUGUGUGACAACCAGAGCUUGGACGAGAGCAGGAGACGAGAGGUUCAGGACGCAGUCAGACAAACGGAGGAGCGGUGGAGGAAAGUGUUGCAGGCUGCCGAGGAGGGUCUCAACAAGGCAGGGACUGAAGCCACCACUGAACGGGACUUUGAUGCUUUCAAAACCCAAAGUGAAAGCCUCCAGUCCUGGAUCAGAGAGCAGAAGCAGAAGCUGGUGUCUCUUAGUAGUAACAUGCCGUUUGAAGAAAGGUUACAGGUCGCACAGGCUGUACUGAACUCCAAACCCGAGGGAGAGUCCAAGGUGCUCCACCUGAAGACUCGAUGUGAAGGUCUGUGUGAGCAUCUGGAGGAGAGCAAGAAACCAGAGGUUCAGCAGCUGGUAAAAGACGCAGAGCAGCAGUGGAGAGCAGUUCAGCAGACCGCCAGGCAGGCGGAGCUCCGGAGUCUCUCAGACGACUUCGACACUCAGAGUACCAACACUCAGUCGUGGAUCAGAGACCGACAGCAGAAGCUACAGUCUGUGGGCAGCCACACACCACCUGAAGAGAGACGUCACACAGCCCAGAGCAUCCUGAGCUCCAAACCUGACGGUGACUGUACGGUUAACAACCUGAGGAGGCGGGGCCAGUGUGUGUGUGACCAUCAGGACGCGGUCCAGGGCAGGAAAGUCCACGUUCAGAAGACCAUCAGAGACACGGAGGAGCAGUGGAGGACGGUCCUGCAGGCUGCUAAACAGGUGGAAGCUGCUGCAGGAGCCGAGAUCACCCAGAAGACUGAGGAUAGAACGACGGAGCUGAUUGAAUUUGACACCCAGCAGCAGGACACUGGCAGCUGGCUCACAGACCUCCAGCAUCAACUGGACUCGGUGAAAAGCCAAACCAAAGCUGAGGACAGACUGCGCACCGCUCAGGCCAUUAUGAGCUCCAAGAACGAAGGAGACUCGAAGCUCCAGGAGCUCAGGAGACGAGGCCAGAGUUUGUGCGAUCAGGACCUGGAGGAACCCAAAAAACAAGAGGUUCAACAGAAAGUGAGAGGCGCGGAGGAGCAGUGGACGAGAGUCCUGCAAGAUGCUAAACAAGCCGUGGACCAGGCUGGGAGGCAGAGUGCUCUGCAGGGCCAGCUGAAGGACUACGAAGCCGUGAGAGAAAACACCAGAUCCUGGCUGCAGGACAAGCAGCAGAGCCUCGUCUCUCUGGACAGUCAGACAGACCCAGAGGAGACGAUACACACUGCUCAGACUGUCCUGAGCUGUAAGCCUGAGGGAGACUCCAAGCUGACGGAGCUGAGGAGACAGAGCCAGAGUCUGUCCGAGGAGGAGGAGCUGGAGGAGAACACGAGACAGGAGGCUCAGCAGAUGGUGAAAGACUCCGAGGAGUGGUGGAGGACGGUCCUGCAGACCGCCGAGAACACUCUGCAGAAAGCCGAGGUGCAAUACUCGCUCUCCAGGGAGCUGGAGGCCUUCCGCACCAAAGCAGAGAGCACCAAGACCUGGGUCAAAAAGCUGCAGCAGCAGGCCAAGUCCAAAGGGAGCGGCACGCAGGGCAGCCGGGCUCAGAUAGAGGACAGGCUGAACACUGCACAGGCCAUCUUGAGCUCCAAGUCGAAGGGUGAGGCUCAAGUGAUGGAGCUGAAUAGACGAGCGCAGAGUAUGUGUGAGCAGAAGGACCUGCAGGAAGACAAGAAACUGGAGGUUCAGCAGACGAUCCGAGACACCGAGCAGCAGUGGAGGACGGUCCUGCAGGCUGCUGAGGAGACACGGAGGCAGUUGAAGGGUGUUGUGGAGCGCCUGGUGUCCUGUCAGCACCAGCGAGGCCAGACUGAGGCCCGUCUGUCUGAGGUUCAGAAGCAGACGUCAAACCUGCCGCGGGUCUUCCCGUGGCCGGGCCUCGGAGAGCGGAGGCAGGCGGUGGAAAAGGCCCGGACCCUGCUGGACCAGAGCACGGCUUUGGCCCCCGUCCUCUCAGGCCUCCGCACACAGGCUGCAGAGCUGUUUGAGAUCACACAGGACCCUGGAUGGUCAGAUCCGUCCUGGGCGGCCAAGGAGGACUCCAUUCCUGCUCUGCUGAAAGAGCUCACCGAUGCGGUAGCUCACCUGGAGCAGGGGAUCCUGACGGAGAGGCAGUGCACCCAGCUGGUGGAGCAGCAUGAAGCAGCCCAGGACUGGCUGAGGGAGCACGUUAAAGGCCUGGGACCUUCUCCAGCCGACAGAAAGGGUCUGCACAGCGCCAUCAACACUCUGAAGGCUUUGCUCCAGACGGUGGACAGGGAGCAGCGAGAGAUGAAGGAGCUGGACGCUGCCAGAGACAGUUUGCUGAGCCUCUGCACCACCGGAGGUCGGGAUGCCCUGACCCUGGAGGUCGGCCAUCUCCACGACCUCUGUGCCACCUCGGAGAAGGAGGUGAGGGAACGCCUGGUGGUCUGUGAAGCGCGGCUGGAGGAGCUGGACGGUCAGCUGGCCAGGAGGGCCCAGGGGCUGAAGGAGAGAGCUGCUGCCCUGCAGUGGGAGCUCCGCUCUCUGGACCAGGCGCUCAGUUACAGCGAACCACAGAACAACAUCGCUCAGCUCCAGCAGCACUGGCACAGCCUUCAGAACUGUGAGAAAUCACUGAAAGAUUUGGAUGUGAAAGUUCAGGACCUUCACAAGGAAGUAAAAGCGACAUCUGCCACUGACGAGCUGCCAGCAGAGGUUAUGACUGCGGUGGAGUCCUUAUGCCAGCAACAUGACAGUCUAAAGUCCAGGCUGAGUGAGCGUCAAGGUACCUGCUCUACAAACACAGCUCGCUGUCUGAUGGACUGUCUUCACGCCCUGCAGGAAUGGAACCACAGCAAACCAUCACAGUCCAUUUCUUCUGUCAAGGUGACAUUAGAGGAAGGUGAAAAGUUGCAGGCCAACCUGCGAGAGGCGCUUUCUCACCAGCAGCUUCUAACCGACUGUUUGUUGCCAGUCUUGGCAGAGAAACUGGAGAGACACGGUUCAGAGACACUCAAAGAAGCAGACAAACACAAGGCUUCUCUCAGCCAGAACUUAAAGGAACUUGAUGGAAAGAGUAAACAAAAGCUGCCCGAUGUCGUUGAUGCUAAUCUAGAAGAGACAAAGACAUCUGUAAUGGCAACACCACCACCACGAAAAAGCAAGCAUUCACCUGAGAAAAAACAUCAAGUUAAACUACAAAAGAGCAUUCCCUUAACAGAAAAAUCGAUUGAGGAUGAACUGUCAGUUUCAGUUGAGCUGCAAACUGAGGCUAAAGCAUUAAAGCCUACUGUGACAGCAGUCACGGAAGUCAUAAAAAUUACUAGUGUGGAGAAAACCAGAAUUGAACCAACAAAAAAGAAAUCUCAGAGUCCAACAUAUGCUUCAGAACCUUUUACAGCACAACGUUGCGACACUUCUCAAGAGGCACUGUUUAAAAGUACAAAGCUAGAUACCACAGCUGAGCCUGUUGGAGCUGAGCAAAUUAAAUCUGCUGUUGAGGAACCUUUACUGAUCCAAAAGGUCAUUGAGCAGUCUGCACCUGGUGUUAGUGAGAAAACUACACCUGUACCAUCCAGGAGAAAGACCAAGACUUCAGCCACUGGUACACAGCCUUCCCAGACAAAGGUGGAGCCUGAAAUGGUGAAAACUAUUAUUACUCAAGAGUCACCCAGAGAUCCGACAGGAACUGCUGCUGUGGAAGAAACAAAGCGUAUCGCAACCAUUAUUCUAGAUGCAUCAGAGCCAUUCACUUCUGUUCCUGUAACAACUGAUGUUGCAUUUGAACUCACAACUAAGUCAGUCACAAAGCAAGCUAAGACCCCGGUUGUCGAGCAAGCCAAGUUUGGACCUACCAGUAAAGAGUCAAAGAGUGCAGACGUGUCCUUAAACACUACUGUUGCAAAACCUGCUCAGACCAAAGUCGAUGCUGAGAACCUGAGUUCUCCCCUAACGUCAGCUCCUAUCACAGAAACAGAUGCUGAGCAACCCAAGUCUGUACAAAAAGGACAAGAGUCAAAGAGUUCAAAAAUGUCCACAACUUCAGAGCCAGUCUCGCCAAUCAAAAGAAAGUCAAAGAGUAAAAGUGAGAGUCUAAAACUUGCCCCAGAAUUUUCUUACAAGGAGAAAACGCAGACCAUGGAAAAGUCUGACAGUCAGUAUCCUUUACUGAGAUCCAAGGAGAAAACUGAAGCUGCUGUUGUGGAGGAAGAAACUAAGAUUGUACCAACGAGGAGGAAGUCAAAGAGUCCUGACAUUUCCACUGUUCCAGAGCCAGUGUCAGCCGUUGAUAGCACUACAGGUGUGGUGAAGGAACCUAAAAAGUCUUCAGAGCCAACAACACUUUCUCUGAAACAGGCCAACCAGCAAACAGCAAAGAUGACAGAAGAAACUGAAACUGUUGUUGUGGAAGAAACUAAAGUUAUACCAACCAGGGGGAAACCAAAGGGUCUUGAGGUAUCCACAGUUACAGAGCCAGUGUCUGCCCUUGGUAGAAUUACUGGUUUGGAAACAAAACAAGAACCUGAAAAUUACACCGCAACCCCAGAGUUUGUUCAAGGGCAAGCUAAAACUGCUGUUGUGGAACAAAGUAAACUUCUACCACCCAAGAGAAAGUCAAAGAGCACAGAACCCCCUCUUAAACUUGCUGACACUGAGGUACCUCAGACAAGGGUAGAACCUGAAGAUCAAAAAUCUUCUUUGAGUUCCAGUGACCAAAAUAAAAGUGUUGUUACUGAAGCAACAAAGCUUGUACCAACCAGAAGAAAGUCAAAGAAUGGUGACUUUUCCACAACCCAUGUUAGAUCACCUGAUGUGGAGUCUGAACAAAAUAAGAAGGAACUUGACCGUCAAAAAUCUUCAACUCCAGAUGUGGUCACAGGACGAACUGAAAGUACUGUUGUGGAAAAAGGAAAGCUUUCACCUACCAAAGGAAGGUCAGAGGGUCUGAAACUUUCCCCAGAACAGCUCCAAGAAAAGAAAGUGGCCACAAUUAUUCUGGACACAGUUGUACCAUCAUCAGAACGUGAGCUCUUGCCAACCACAAGAAAGUCAAAGAGUCCAAAAGUUUCUCCAGAACUCGCUCACAAGAAGAAAACACAGGCCAUGGAAAAGCCUGACAGUCAUAUAACUGAAGCUGCUGUUGUGGACGAGACUAAGGUUAUAUCAAACAGGAGGAAGUCAAAGGAAGAGCCUGACAGUCAGAAGCUACCUUCAACUCCUGGUGUGGUCACAGGACCAACUGAAAGUACUGUUGUGAAAAAAGGAGAGCUUUCACCAACCAAAAGAAAGUCGAAGGGUCUGAAACUUUCCCCAGAACUUGCUAUCACAGAUCUGACAAAGACCAAGGAAGAGCCUGACAGUCAGAAGCCAUCUUCAACUCCAGAGAUGGCCACAACAACAACAACUGAAAUUACUGUUGUGGAAAAAGGAAAGCUUUCACCUACCAAAGGAAAGUCAAGGGGUCUGAAACCUUCCCCAGAACAGCUCCAAGAAAAGAAAGUGGCCACGAUUAUUCUGGACAUAGUUGAACAGCCAUCAGAAAAAGUGGAUUCUUGUAUUUCGUCUCCUCAUGAACUUGAACUUGCCAAGGAUGUGACAGAGACCAUAAAAGAGUCUGACAGACAGAAGUCUUUAGAGAAAAAAGAAGCUGUUUUGAAGGAGACAAAGAUCAUAAAGUCUGGCAUUGGUGGGACUGUUGAUUUGAAGUCUAAGGAAGUAAAGAAAGAACUUGAAAGUGGGAGGGCUUCUUCAACUACACAGGUAGUCACAGAAGAAACUGAAACAACUAUUGUGGAAGAACGUGAGCUCUUGCCAACCACAAGAAAGUCAAAGAGUCAAAAAGUUUCUCCCGAACUCGCUCACAAGAAGGAAACACAGGCCAUGGAAAAGCCUGACAGUCAGAUCACUGAAGCUGCUGUUGUGGACAAACCUAAGGUUAUGCGAAACAGGAGGAAGUCAAAGGAAGAGCCUGACAGUCAGAAGCCAUCUUCAACUCCAGAGGUGGCCACAACAACUAGAGUCACUGUUGUUGGAAAAUUAGAGCUUUCACCUACCAAAGGAAAGUCAAAGGGUCUGAAACUUUCCCCAGAACAGCUCCAAGAAAAGAAAGUAGCCACAAUUAUUCUGGACACAGUUGUGCAAACAUCAGAAAAAGUGGAUACUUGUAUUUCGUCUCCUCGUGCUGAACCUAUGGAAUCUGUCCUUAAACCCAUUUCAACCAUAGCUAAACCUCCACAUACUGAGUUACAGGGGCUUAAAGACAGAUCUAAAGAGGCUCCAGAGCAAACCAUUACCCAGUCUACAGAGAGAGACCGAAGUACAAUUCCUCAAACACAACCACCUCACUCCAGCGAGGUGGCAGACUACAUUGACAAGUUAUGGGAAAACACAGGUGAAAUUCAGAAGAGAUAUCUGGUCCUUGAUAUGCCUGAGGUGGGUGUCACUCAGACAAGAGAGAUAAAGCCAGAUCAGCCAGCAGCAGCGAUGCCUCAUAAGGCAGGGGCUGAAUUUUCAGAAAAAAGCUCCUCUGAGCAAGGAGUAAUGAGACCAAGUGAAACUGUGAGUCAGCUGAAGCUCACACAGGAACAAACCAAACAGGACAAGGAUUAUGAGGGUCUUAAACUUUCCCCAGAAUUUGCUACCACAGAUCUGACAAAGACCAAGGAAGAGCCUGACAGUCAGAAGCCAUCUUCAACUCCAGAAGUGGUCACAGCACCAACUGAAAUUACUGUUCAAGAAAAAGGUAAACUUUCACCAACCAAAACAAGGUCGCAGGGUCUUAAACUCUCACCUGAACUUGCCAACACUGAGCUGACAAAGACCAAGGAAGAGCCUGACAGUCAGAAGCCAUCUUCAACUCCAGAGGUGUCCACAGCACCAACUGAAAUUACUGUUGUGGAAAAAGGUAAACUUUCACCAACCAAAAGAAAGACUAAGGAUCUGAAACAUUUCCCAGAACUUGCUACCACUGAACUGACAAAGACCAAGGAAGAGCCUGACAGUCAGAAACCAUCUUCAACUCCAGAGGUGGUCACAAAAACAACUGAAAUUACUGUUGAAAAGGGAGAACUUUCACCGACCAAAAGAAAGACUAAGGGUCUUAAACUCUCACCUGAACUUGCUAGCACUGAGCUGACAAAGACCAAGGAAGAGCCUGACAAACAGAAACCAUCUUCAACUCCAGAAGUGGUCACAAAAACAACUGAAAUUACUGUUGAAAAGGGAGAACUUUCACCGACCAAAAGAAAGACUAAGGGUCUUAAACUCUCACCUGAACUUGCUACCACUGAGCUGACAAAGACCAAGGAAGAGCCCGACAGUCAGAAGCCAUCUUCAACUCCAGAGGUGUCCACAGCACCAACUGAAAUUACUGUUGUGGAAAAAGGUGAACUUUCACCAACCAAAAGAAAGACUAAGGGUCUCAAACUUUCCCCAGAACUUCCUAUCACUGAGCUGACAAAGACCAAGGAAGAGCCUGACAGUCAGAAGCCAUCUUCAACUCCAGAGGUGGUCACAGCAACAACUGAAAUUACUGUUGUGGAAAAAGGAGAACUUUCAUCAACCAAAAUAAAGUCUAAGGAUCUGAAACUUUCCUCAGAAAUUGCCACCACAGAGUUGACAAAGACCAAAGAAGAGCCUGACAUUCAGAAUCCAUUUUCAACUCCAGAGUUGGCCAAAGCACCAACUAAAAUUACUGUUGAAAAAGGUGAACUUUCACCGACCAAAAGAAAGACUAAGGGUAUCAAACUUGCCCCAGAAUUUGCUACCACAGGGCUUACAAAGACCAAGGAAGAGCCUGACGGUCAGAAGCCAUCCUUAAAUCCAGAGGUGGUCACAGCAACAACUAAAAUUUCUGUUGUGGAAAAAUGUGAACUUUCACCAACCAAAAGAAAGUCUAAGGAUCUUAAACUUUCCUCAAAAAUUGCCACCCCAGAGUUGGCAAAGACCAAAGAAGAGCCUGACAGGCAGAAACUAUCUUCAGCUCCAAAGGUGGUCACAGACACAACUGGAAUUACUGUUGAAAAAGGAGAGCUUUCACCAACCAAAACAAAGUCGAAGGGUGAGAAACUUUCCCCAGAAUUUGCUACCACAGGGCUGACAAAGUCCAAGGAAGAGCCUGACAGGCAGAAACCAUCUUCAACUCCAGAGGUGGUCACAACGACAACUGAAAUAACUGUUUUAGAAAAAGGAGAACUUUCACCAACCAAAAUGAAGUCUAAGGACCUGAAACAUCCCUCAGAAUUUGCCGCCACAGAGUUGGCAAAGACCAAAGGAGAGCCUGACCGUCAGAAGCCAUCUUCAACUCCAGAGGUGGUCACAGCAACAACUGAAAUUUCUGUUGUAGAAAAAGCUGAACUUUCACCAACCAAAAGAAAGUCUAAGGAUCUGAAACAAUCCCCAGAACUUGCUAGCACUGCGCUGACAAAGACCAAGGAAGAGCCUGAUAGUCAGAAGCCAUCUUCAACUCCAGAGGUGGUCACAGCAAGAACUGAAAUUUCUGUUGAAAAGGGAGAACUUUCACCAACCAAAAGAAAGACUAAGGAUCUGAAACAUUCCCCAGAACUUGCUAGCACUGAGCUGACCAAGACAAAGACCAAGGAAGAGCCUGACAGGCAGAAAUCAUCUUCAACUCCAGAGGUGGUCACAAUGACAACUGAAAUUACUGUUGUGGAAAAAGGUGAACUUUCACCAACCAAAGGAAAGUCUAAGGAUCUGAAAAAUUCCACAGAACUUGCUAGCACUGAGCUGAGAAAGACCAAGGAAGAACCUAACAAACAGAAACCAUCUUCAACUCCAGAGGUUGUCACAACAACAACUGAAAUUACUGUUGUGGAAAAAGGUGAACUUUCACCAACCAAAGGAAAGUCUAAGGAUCUGAAACAUUCCACAGAACUUGCUAGCACGGAGCUGACCAAGACCAAGGAAGAGCCUGACCGUCAGAAACCAUCUUCAACUCCAGGGGUGGCCACAGCAACAACUGAAAUUACAGUUGAAAAAGGUGAACUUUCACCAACCAAAAGAAAGACUAAGGGUCUCAAACUUUCCCCAGAACUUACUACCACUGAGCUGACAAAGACCAAGGAAGAGCCUGACAGGCAGAAACCAUCUUCAACUCCAGAGGUGAUCACAACGACAACUGAAAUUACUGUUGUGGAAAAAGGUGAACUUUCACCAACCAAAGGAAAGUCUAAGGAUCUGAAACAUUCCACAGAACUUGCUAGCACUAGGCUGACCAAGACCAAGGAAGAGCCUGACCGUCAGAAACCAUCUUCAACUCCAGGGGUGGCCACAGCAACAACUGAAAUUACAGUUGAAAAAGGUGAACUUUCACCAACCAAAAGAAAGACUAAGGGUCUCAAACUUUCCCCAGAACUUGCUAGCACUGAGCUGACAAAGACAAAGACCAAGGAAGAGCCUGACAGGCAGAAACCAUCUUCAACUCCAGAGGUGGUCAUAGCAACAACUGAAAUAACUGUUUUAGAAAAAGGAGAACUUUCACCAACCAAAAUGAAGUCUAAGGACCUGAAACAUCCCUCAGAAUUUGCCGCCACAGAGUUGGCAAAGACCAAAGGAGAGCCUGACCGUCAGAAGCCAUCUUCAACUCCAGAGGUGGUCACAAUGACAACUGAAAUUACUGUUGUGGAAAAAGGUGAACUUUCACCAACCAAAGGAAAGUCUAAGGAUCUGAAACAUUCCCCAGAACUUGCUAGCACUGAGCUGACAAAGACCAAGGAAGAACCUAACAAACAGAAACCAUCUUCAACUCCAGAGGUUGUCACAACAACAACUGAAAUUACUGUUGUGGAAAAAGGUGAACUUUCACCAACCAAAGGAAAGUCUAAGGAUCUGAAACAUUCCACAGAACUUGCUAGCACUGAGCUGACCAAGACCAAGGAAGAGCCUGACAGGCAGAAACCAUCUCCAACUCUAGAGGUGGCCACAGCACCAACUGAAAUUACAAUUGAAAAAGGUGAACUUUCACCAACCAAAAGAAAGACUAAGGGUCUCAAACUUCCCCCAGAACUUGUUAGCACUGAGCUGAGAAAGACAAAGACCAAGGAAGAGCCUGACAGACAGAAACCAUCGUCAACUGCAGAGGUGGUCACAGCAACAACUGAAAUUACAGUUGAAAAAGGUGAACUUUCACCAACCAAAGGAAAGACUAAGGGUCUCAAACUUUCCCCAGAACUUGCUAGCACUGAGCUGAGAAAGACAAAGACCAAGGAAGAGCCUGACAGGCAGAAACCAUCUUCAACUCCAGCGGUGGUCACAAUGACAACUGAAAUUACUGUUGUGGAAAAAGGUGAACUUUCACCAACCAAAGGAAAGUCUAAGGAUCUGAAACAUUCCACAGAACUUGCUAGCACUGAGCUGAGAAAGACAAAGACCAAGGAAGGGCCUGACAGGAAUAAACCAUCGUCAACUGCAGAGGUGGUCAUAGCAACAACUGAAAUUACUGUUGUGGAAAAAGGUGAACUUUCACCAACCAAAGGAGAGUCUAAGGAUCUGAAACAUUCCCCAGAACUUGCUAGCACUGAGCUGACCAAGACCAAGGAAGAGCCUGACAGGCAGAAACCAUCUUCAACUCCAGAGGUGGCCACAGCACCAACUGAAAUUACAGUUGAAAAAGGUGAACUUUCACCAACCAAAAGAAAGACUAAGGGUCUCAAACAUUCCCCAGAACUUGCUAGCACUGAGCUGAGAAAGACAAAGACCAAGGAAGAGCCUGACAUACAGAAACCAUCUUCAACUCCAGAGGUGGUCAUAGCAACAACUGAAAUUACUGUUGUGGAAAAAGGUGAACUUUCACCAACCAAAGGAAAGUCUAAGGAUCUGAAACAUUCCCCAGAACUUGUAAGCACUGAGCUGACAAAGACCAAGGAAGAGCCUGACAGGCAGAAACCAUCUCCAACUCCAGAGGUGGUCACAACGACAACUGAAAUUACUGUUGUGGAAAAAGGUGAACUUUCACCAACCAAAAGAGAGUCUAAGGAUCUGAAACGUUCCCCAGAACUUGCUACCACUGAGCUGACAAAGACCAAGGAAGAGCCUGACAGGAAGAAACCAUCGUCAACUGCAGAGGUGGUCACAACGACAACUGAAAUUACUGUUGUGGAAAAAGGUGAACUUUCACCAACCAAAGGAAAGUCUAAGGAUCUGAAACAUUCCCCAGAACUUGCUAGCACUGAGCUGACAAAGACCAAGGAAGAACCUAACAAACAGAAACCAUCUUCAACUCCAGAGGUUGUCACAACAACAACUGAAAUUACUGUUGUGGAAAAAGGUGAACUUUCACCAACAAAAGGAAAGUCUAAGGAUCUGAAACAUUCCCCAGAACUUGCUAGCACUGAGCUGACAAAGACCAAGGAAGAGCCUGACAGUCAGAAACCAUCUUCAACUCCAGAGGUGGUCAUAGCAACAACUGAAAUUACUGUUGUGGAAAAAGGUGAACUUUCACCAACCAAAGGAGAGUCUAAGGAUCUGAAACAUUCCCCAGAACUUGCUAGCACUGAGCUGACCAAGACCAAGGAAGAGCCUGACAGGCAGAAACCAUCUUCAACUCCAGAGGUGGCCACAGCACCAACUGAAAUUACAGUUGAAAAAGGUGAACUUUCACCAACCAAAAGAAAGACUAAGGGUCUCAAACAUUCCCCAGAACUUGCUAGCACUGAGCUGAGAAAGACAAAGACCAAGGAAGAGCCUGACAUACAGAAACCAUCUUCAACUCCAGAGGUGGUCAUAGCAACAACUGAAAUUACUGUUGUGGAAAAAGGUGAACUUUCACCAACCAAAGGAAAGUCUAAGGAUCUGAAACAUUCCCCAGAACUUGUAAGCACUGAGCUGACAAAGACCAAGGAAGAGCCUGACAGUCAGAAACCAUCUACAACUCCAGAGGUGGUCACAACGACAACUGAAAUUACUGUUGUGGAAAAAGGUGAACUUUCACCAACCAAAAGAGAGUCUAAGGAUCUGAAACGUUCCCCAGAACUUGCUACCACUGAGCUGACAAAGACCAAGGAAGAGCCUGACAGGAAGAAACCAUCGUCAACUGCAGAGGUGGUCACAACGACAACUGAAAUUACUGUUGUGGAAAAAGGUGAACUUUCACCAACCAAAGGAAAGUCUAAGGAUCUGAAACAUUCCCCAGAACUUGCUAGCACUGAGCUGACAAAGACCAAGGAAGAACCUAACAAACAGAAACCAUCUUCAACUCCAGAGGUUGUCACAACAACAACUGAAAUUACUGUUGUGGAAAAAGGUGAACUUUCACCAACAAAAGGAAAGUCUAAGGAUCUGAAACAUUCCCCAGAACUUGCUAGCACUGAGCUGACAAAGACCAAGGAAGAGCCUGACAGUCAGAAACCAUCUUCAACUCCAGAGGUGGCCACAGCAUCAACUGAAAUUUCUGUUGAAAAAGGUGAACUUUCACCAACCAAAGGAAAGUCUAAGGAUCUGAAAAAUUCCACAGAACUUGCUAGCACUGAGCUGACCAAGACCAAGGAAGAGCCUGACAGGCAGAAACCAUCUCCAACUCCAGAGGUGGCCACAGCACCAACUGAAAUUAUAGUUGAAAAAGGUGAACUUUCACCAACCAAAAGAAAGACUAAGGGUCUCAAACUUUCCCCAGAACUUGCUAGCACUGAGCUGAGAAAGACAAAGACCAAGGAAGAGCCUGACAUACAGAAACCAUCUUCAACUCCAGAGGUGGUCAUAGCAACAACUGAAAUUACUGUUGUGGAAAAAGGUGAACUUUCACCAACCAAAGGAAAGUCUAAGGAUCUGAAACAUUCCCCAGAACUUGCUAGCACUGAGCUGACAAAGACCAAGGAAGAGCCUGACAUACAGAAACCAUCUUCAACUCCAGAGGUGGUCACAACGACAACUGAAAUUACUGUUGUGGAAAAAGGUGAACUUUCACCAACCAAAGGAAAGUCUAAGGAUCUGAAACAUUCCCCAGAACUUGCUAGCACUGAGCUGACAAAGACCAAGGAAGAACCUAACAAACAGAAACCAUCUUCAACUCCAGAGGUUGUCACAACAACAACUGAAAUUACUGUUGUGGAAAAAGGUGAACUUUCACCAACCAAAAGAAAGACUAAGGGUCUCAAACUUUCCCCAGAACUUGCUACCACUGAGCUGACAAAGACCAAAGAACAGCCUGAAAGUCAGAAGCCAUCUUCAACUCCAGAGGUGGUCACAGCAAGAACUGAAAUGACUGUUGAGGAAAAAGGUGAACUUUCACCAACCAAAAGAGAGUCUAAGGAUCUGAAACAUUCCCCAGAACUUGCUAGCACUGAACUGACAAAGACCAGGGAAGAGCCUGACAGACAGAAACCAUCUUCAACUCCAGGGGUGGCCACAGCACCAACUGAAUUUACUGUUGUGGAAAAAGGUGAACUUUCACCAACCAAAAGAAAGACUAAGGGUCUCACACUUUCCCCAGAACUUGCUACCACUGAGCUGACAAAGACCAAGGAAGAGCCUGACAAACAGAAACUAUCUUCAACUCCAGAGGUGGCCACAGCAUCAACUGAAAUUUCUGUUGAAAAAGGUGAACUUUCACCAACCAAAAGAAAGACUAAGGGUCUCAAACUUUCCCCAGAACUUGCUACCACUGAGCUGACAAAGACCAAGAUCAAGGAAGAGCCUGACAUACAGAAACCAUCUUCAACUCCAGAGGUGGUCAUAGCAACAACUGAAAUUACUGUUGUGGAAAAAGGUGAACUUUCACCAACCAAAGGAAAGUCUAAGGAUCUGAAACAUUCCCCAGAACUUGCUACCACUGAGCUGACAAAGACCAAGGAAGAGCCUGACAGGAAGAAACCAUCGUCAACUGCAGAGGUGGUGAUAGCAACAACUGAAAUUACUGUUGUGGAAAAAGGUGAACUUUCACCAACCAAAAGAGAGUCUAAGGAUCUGAAACGUUCCCCAGAACUUGCUACCACUGAGCUGACAAAGACCAAGGAAGAGCCUGACAGGAAGAAACCAUCGUCAACUGCAGAGGUGGUCACAGCAACAACUGAAAUUGCUCUUGUGGAAAAAGGUGAACUUUCACCAACCAAAAGAAAGAAUAAGGAUCUGAAUCUUUCCUCAGAAAUUGCCACCACAGAGUUGGCAAAGACCAAAGAACAGCCUGACAUUCAGAAGCCAUCAUCAACUGCAAAGGUGGCCACAGCACCAACUGAAAUUACUUUUGAAAAAGGUGAACUUUCACCAUCCAAAAUAAAGUCUAAGGAUCUGAAACAUUCCCCAGAACUUGCUAGCACUGAGCUGACAAAGACCAAGGAAGAGCCUGACAGUCAGAAGCCAUCUUCAACUCCACAGGUGGCCACAGCAUCAACUGAAAUUUCUGUUGAAAAAGGUGAACUUUCACCAACCAAAAGAAAGUCUAAGGAUCUGAAACAUUCCCCAGAACUUGCUAGCACUGAGCUGACAAAGACCAAGGAAAAGCCUGACAGACAGAAACCAUCUUCAACACCAGAGGUGGCAACAGCAUCAAUUGAAAUGACUGUUGAGGAAAAAGGUGAACUUUCACCAACCAAAAGAAAGACUAAGGGUCUCAAACUUUCCCCAGAACUUGCUACCACUGAGCUGACAAAGACCAAGGAAGUGCCUCACCGUCAGAAACCAUCUUCAACUCCAGGGGUGGCCACAGCAACAACUGAAAUUAUUGUUGAAAAAGGUGAACUUUCACCAACAAAAAGAAAGACUAAGGGUCUCAAACUUUCCCCAGAACUUGCUACCACUGAGCUGACAAAGACCAAGGAAGAGCCUGACAGGAAGAAACCAUCGUCAACUGCAGAGGUGGUCAUAGCACCAACUGAAAUUGUUGUUGUGGAAAAAGGUGAACUUUCACCAACCAAAAGAAAGACUAAGGGUCUCAAACUUUCCCCAGAACUUGCUACCACUGAGCUGACAAAGACCAAGGAAGAGCCUGACAAACAGAAACUAUCUUCAACUCCAGAGGUGGUCACAAAAACAACUGAAAUUACUGUUGAAAAGGGAGAAAUUUCACCAAUCAAAAGACAGACUAAGAGUCUUAAACUUUCCCCAGAACUUGCUACCACAGAGUUGGCAAAGACCCCAGAAAAGCCUGACAGACAGAAACCAUCUUCAACUCCACAGGUGGCCACAGCAUCCACUGAAAUUACAGUUGAAAAAGGUGAACUUUCACCAACCAAAAGAAAGUCUAAGGAUCUGAAACAUUCCCCAGAACUUGCUACCACUGAGCUGACAAAGACCAAGGAAGAGCCUGACAGUCAGAAACCAUCUUCAACUCCAGAGGUGGUCACAACAACAACUGUAAUUACUGUUGAAAAAGGUGAACUUUCACCAACCAAAAGAAAGACUAAGGGUCUCAAACUUUCCCCAGAACUUGCUACCACUAAGCUGACAAAGACCCAAGAAGAGCCUGAAAGUCAGAAGCCAUCUUCAACUCCAGAGGUGGUCACAGCAUCAACUGAAAUUACUGUUGAAAAAGGAGACCUUUCACCAAUCAAAAGACAGACUAAGGGUCUUAAACAUUCCCCAGAACUUGCUACCACAGAGUUGGCAAAGACCAAAGAAGAGCCUGACAAACAAAAAACAUCUUUGACUCCAGAGGUGGCCACAGCACAAACUGAAAUAACUGUUGAAAAAGAAGAGCUUUCACCAACCAAAACAAAAUUGAAGGGUCUGGAACUUUUCCUGGAAUUUGCUAGCAGUAAAAUGACAAAGACCAAGGAAGAGCCUGACUGUCAGAAGCCAUCUUCAAAUCCAGCGGUGGUCGUAACACCAACUGAAAUUGCUGUUGUGGAAAAAGGCAAACUUUCUCCAACCAAAAGUGAGACUAAGGGUCUGAAACUUUCCCCAGAAUUUGCUACCACAGGGCUGACAAAGUCCAAGGAAGAGCCUGACAAACAGAAACCAUCUUCAACUCCAGGGGUGGCCACAGCACCAACUGAAAUUGCUGAUGUGGAAAAAGGUGAACUUUCACCCACCAAAAGAAAGACUAAGGGUCACAAACUUUCCCCAGAACUUGCUGCCACUGAGCUGACAAAGACUAAGGAAGAGCCUGACAUACAGAAACCAUCUUCAACUCAAGAGGUGGUCACAACAAAAACUGAAAUUACUGUUGUGGAAAAAGGUGAACUUUCACCAACCAAAAGAAAGACUAAGGAUCUGAAACGUUCCUCAGAACUUGCCAUCACAGAGUUGGCAAAGACCAAAGAAGAGGCUGACCGUCAGAAGCCAUCUUCAACUCCAGAGGUGGCCACAGCAUCAACUGAAAUUACUGUUGAAAAAGGUGAACUUUUACCAACCAAAAGAAAGACUAAGGGUCUCAAACUUUACCCAGAACUUGCUACCACUGAGCUGACAAAGACCAAGGAAGAGCCUGACAGUCAGAAACCAUCUUCAACUCCAGAGGUGGUCACAGCAACGACUGAAAUUGCUGUUGUGGAAAAAGGUGAACUUUCACCAACCAAAAUAAAGUCUAAGGAUCUGAAACAUUCCCCAGAACUUGCUAGCACUGAGCUGACAAAGACCAAGGAAGAGCCUGACAGUCAGAAGCCAUCUUCAACUCCAGAGGUGGUCACAGCAACAACUGAAAUUUCUGUUGAAAAGGGUGAACUUUUACAAAUCAAAAGACAGCUUAAGGGUCUGAAACUUUCCUCAGAACUUGCUACCACAAGGCUGACAAAGACCAAAGAAGAGCCUGACAGUCAGAAGCCAUCUUCAACUCCAGAGUUGGCCACAGUAACAACUGAAAUUACUGUUGUGGAAAAAGGUGAACUUUCACCAACCAAAAGAAAAUCUAAGGAUCUGAAACUUUCUUCAGAAAUUGCCACCACAGAGUUGGCAAAGACCAAAGAACAGCCUGACAUUCAGAAGCUGUCUCCAACUCCAGAGGUGGCCAUAGCACCAACUGAAAUUACUAUUGAAAAAGGAGAGCUUUCACCAACCAAAAGAACAUUAAAGGAUCUGAAACAUUCCCCAGAACUUGCUAGCACUGAGCUGACAAAGACCAAGGAAGAGCCUGACAGACAGACACCAUCUUCAACUCCAGGGUUGGCCACAGCAACAACUGAAAUUACUGUUGUGGAAAAAGAUGAACUUUCACCAACCAAAAGAAAGUCUAAGAAUCUGAAACUUUCCCCAAAACUUGCUAGCACUGAGCUGACAAAGAUCAAGGAAGAGCCUGACAGUCAGACGCCAUCUUCAACUGCAGAGGUGGUCACAACAACGACUGAAAUUACUGUUGUGGAAAAAGGUGAACUUUCACCCACCAAAAGAAAGACUAAGGGUCUCAAACUUUUCCCAGAACUUGCUAGCACUGAGCUGACCAAGACCAAGGGAGAGCCUGACAGACAGAAACCAUCUUUAACUCAAGAGGUGGUCACAACAACGACUGAAAUUACUGUUGUGGAAGAAGUUGAACUUUCACCAACCAAAACAAAGUCGAAGGAUCUGAAACAUUCCCCAGACCUUGCUAGCACUGAGCUGACAAAGAACAAGGAAGAGCCUGACAGUCAGAAGCCAUCUUCAACUCCCAAGGUGGUCACAGCAACAACUGAAAUUGCUCUUGUGGAAAAAGGUGAACUUUCACCAACCAAAAGAAAGAAUAAGGAUCUGAAUCUUUCCUCAGAAAUUGCCACCACAGAGUUGGCAAAGACCAAAGAACAGCCUGACAUUCAGAAGCCAUCAUCAACUGCAAAGGUGGCCACAGCACCAACUGAAAUUACUUUUGAAAAAGGUGAACUUUCACCAUCCAAAAUAAAAUCUAAGGAUCUGAAACAUUCCCCAGAACUUGCUAGCACUGAGCUGACAAAGACCAAGGAAGAGCCUGACAGACAGAAACCAUCUUCAACUCAAGGGGUGGUCACAACAACAACUGAAAUUACUGUUGUGGAAAAAGGUGAACUUUCACCAACCAAAAGAAAGUCUAAGGAUCUGAAACUUUUCUCAGAAAUUGCCACCACAGAGUUGGCAAAGACCAAGGAAGAGCCUGACCUUCAGAAGCCAUUUUCAACUCCAGAGGUGGCCACAGCACCAACUGAAAUUACUAUUGAAAAAGGAGAACUUUCACCAAUCAAAAGACAGACUACGGGUCUGAAACUUUCCUCAGAAUUUGCUACCACUGAGCUGACAAAGACCAAGGAAGAGCCUGACAGGCAGAAACCAUCUUCAACUGCAGAGGUGGUCAUAGCACCAACUGAAAUUGCUGUUGUGGAAAAGGGAAGACUUUCACCAACUGAAAGAAAAGGGUUAAAGGGUCCAAAACCUCUUACAGAAUAUGCUAGCGAUAAUCAAGAGUCUUCAUCCAGUUCCAGGAAGGAAAUUAAAACUGCUGUGGUGGCAGAAACUAAGCUUGAACCAGCCUGGAGAGUAUUUUCUGUACUUUCAAAGAUUGCUCAUAUGGAACCCGAACAAACUAAGAAACAGUUUAAGAGUGCAGAGAUUGCCAUGGCUCCAAUGACCAUACCUAUUGUGGAAAGUCUCUCAAAACAGAUACAAGCACCAAGGACCAUGCACGAUCUACCCCAGAGCUUGGAUGAACAGUCUGUUAAGAUGGAGAAAAUCUAUAUGAGGCCUGAAGUGCUCAUUUUACCACCAGGUACACAGGCUACUAUAAAAGAACAUGAAGUCACAUCUGUUACGAUAUCAAAGACGCCAGGGAUUGAUAAAGAUCAAACACGUAAUCAGGGCGAAAAAGUGCCAGAGAGCAGAGACCUGACUUCAACUGAUGUUCAGCCAGAAACAACUAUAGUCAAGAUGACAAGGGUUGAAGUGAAGACCAAGGAAAGACCCAAAGAGGUCAAGGGUCAUGACGUGCAAGAAAUGCCUGCUAAAGUCUUGCCAAAAGUGGUGCCAGAAAGCAAAGACCUGACCUCAGCUAAUGUUCAGCCAGAAACGUCUGCAGUCAAAAUGACCAGGGUCGAAGUCAAGACCAAGGAAAGACCGAAAGAGGCCAAGGAUCGUGACGUGCAAGAAGUGCAUGCUAAAGUGUCAGCAAAAGAUGUGCACGAUGCACCUCAGAGCCUGGAUGAACAGUCUGUUAGGGUGGAGAACAUCUACAAAGGGGCUGAAGUGCGCAUUUUACAACCAGGUACACAGGCCACUAUAAAGGAGCUUGAAAUUAUAUCUGUUACAACAACAAAGGUGCCAAGGAUUGAUAAAGAUCAAACAAGUAUUCUGGGCAAAAAAGUGCCAGAAAGCAAAGACCUGACUUCAGCUGAUGUUCAGCCAGAGAAGACUGACGUCAAGGUGACCAGGGUCGAAGUGAAGACCAAGGAAACACCCAAAGAGGUCAAGGGUCGUGACGUGCAAGAAGUGCAUGAUGUACCUCAGAGCAUGGAUGAAAAGUCUGUUAGGGUGCAGAAAAUCCUCAAAGGGGCUGAAGUGCACAUUUCACAACCAAGUACACAGGCCACUAUAAAGGAGCAUGAAAUUACAUCUGUCACAACAACAAAGGCGCCAAGGAUUGAUAAAGAUCAAACAACUAUUCUGGGCAAAAAAGUGCCAGAAAGCAAAGACCUGACUUCAGCUACAGUCAAGAUGAUCAGGGCUGAAGUAAAGACCAAGGAAAGACCUAAAGAAGCCAAGGAUCAUGACCUGCAAGAACUGCAUGCUAAAGUGUCGACAAAAGACGUGCAUGGUGCAUCCCAGAGCAUUAAAAAGAUAGACAGCCGCAUGAGUGUGCAUGAAUACAAAACUGUCACAAUAGAAAAGGAACCAAGGAUGGAAUCAAGUAUCCAAAUUGAGACAGUUAAAGAAAGUAAGGAUGUGACCACCACUAACAUUCAGCCUGACAAGUCUUCAGUUAAGAAAACCAAAGUAGAAGUGCGAGAAAGCUUUAUCGAAUCCUUGUCUGAACCCACUGCGGUUGCUAGCGCUCUAACGGAGAGACACACAACAGAUGCAAGGAAAGAGCAGGAGGGGAGGAAGAGGACAGUUCAGGAAAAGGAAAGGGAAAAGAUGGUCACGGUACAAAUACAGAAUAUUCCACUGCCAAUGGCCACGACCACCACCACUUGUGAAGUGAGGAAGCAGAGAUCGGAUUUGCAACAGGAGCAGGUGUACAAGGUUGACAAGAUAUCACCCGCAUCACUGCAGGCAGUUCAGAAAUCUUCACCUGACGUUAUCUGGAGUGAGGUAACCCUGGUGGAAGGAUUUCCCUCUCAGGAAAACAAAGCUCAAGCAGAAGGGAGAGUUGUGAAGACUGAGAAACUUGGAUCUGCAGAAGGAUCCGCCAUGAGGAACAUCUUCACAGAAAUACAGCUACUCUCAGGAGGGACAGGACCCAGCAGUCAACUCACUGAGGGUAAACCACUGAAGGAUGCUCCAGAGGCUCUGACUACAUCCUCCAGUGAUCUGGACAACCGUCUAAGCAGGCUGGUGUCUAAAGUCCUGAGCUGCAAGAACUACCCCGCUGAGCUCAACCCGACAGCCAUGACCCAGCAGCUGGAGCAGGCUCAGGAGUGCCGAGAGACUGCCCAGACACAGGUGUCCCUGCUGUCCCAGCUGAGAGGGGCUGAUGCCGAGAACAAGGAUGCUCUGGAGCACGUGGAGGACCGGUGGAGUUCUGCUGUUCAGGAUGCAGCUGCUGUCGUCCAGACUAAAGAGGCCCAGCUGCAGAUGGUGAAUGAUUAUUGCAGACAGAAUGAUGCAGCCAAGACCACGCUGGAGAGACUGACCGCAGAACUGGAUGCUGUCAGAAUGUCCCCAGAGGAGAGCAGCUCCAAGCAAGCAGAGCGACUCUGCUCCUUACAGAGGAGUAUCGAGGAGAACAGAACAGUACUUGGGGAGUUGCUCGUGACCCACACCAAGUUAUUCCCCCACCUCAGCUGGUUUGAGCGAACAACCGCACAGACUGAGCAAAAUAACCUCCAAGGGAAGUGGAGAGGCCUGGAAAGAGCUGUGGAGAGGACCUCGUAUCACACAAACGUCCAUUCUCACGACACCAGCAACCUUCUGUCGGCGAUAUCGGGUCUUCAGGAACGUUUGGAGACAACCGGCAAAGACCUUGAAGCCAAGAUUCCUUUAGGUACUCAGUGGAACUGCAAGAAGGCGCAGCAGCUGAUGGUGGCAAACGCUGAGGUCAAAGCUGCCCAGCAAAAAUACCUUUAUUUACAGCAGCUGUUAGAGGCGUUACAACUCCGCUCACGGAGGGAGAAGGAUACAACAGAUAUACAACAGGGGCUCCAGAGGGUCAAAGCCCAACUUCACCACACAGAGGAACUUGUGUCCUCUCAAACUCAGAACAGCAGCAACCCCAUCAUGGAGAAAUUGAUCGUGGUGAUGAGGGAUGGCCUCGCCUGGGCGAAGCAGACAGAGAGUGACAUCGAAGGCAGGAGGAAGAGGGUGGCUCUCCUCCCUGAGGAGGUGCACCGGCAGCUCAGAGAUCUGAAGAAGCUGCAGUCUGAGGUCCUGACCAAACAGGGCCAACUGGAGUCACUGGUGGAGGACGUGACGGAGCUCCUGCCUCAGCUGGACCAGGCUGAGGAGGUGCCCGUGGUGCGUUCCUCUCUGGAAUCCCUUGAAGAACUGUCGAAGUCGACUACUGAGAAGCUAGCUAAGGCUGUGAGAGAGAUAGAGUCAGGACUGCAGACCAGAGAAAAGCUGUCGGAGCAGAUCGCUGACUUAGACUCCUUGGUUUUGGCUCAUCUGCACAGAGAGGCCUCCAGGAGUCCAGACACUGAGCUCAAGAGCCCGAGUGAACUUGAUCGUAGAGCUCGUCAGAUCCAAGACACCCUGGCUGAGGCUGAGAAGCAGGCCGCCGUCUGUGAAGCUCUUUUAAUGAAGAGUAAAGACAUUGCCUCUGAACUCAGCAUCACAGAGAACUGUCAGCUGUUUGACAAGCUCACCGACCUCCAGGAGGACAUCAGAGCCAUCGGCAGCUAUGAGAAGGCCAACAAAAAGGAGCUGGACGAACUCACCCAGACUGCAGAUUCGAGCAAGAAAAACCUGGUCGCCGUUGAAACGAGCCUGAGGCAGAUGUCAGGGGAUCUGAGCAGACACAGGUUCCCCAUCACAAGCGAGACCCUGCAAGCUUUGGAGCCUUUCAAGCACAUGCUUUUGGAGCACAAGUCCCAGGUUGAUCUUCUGCAGCCGUGGAUUCCCCAGGAAAAGACGAGGGAACUGCACUCGGUCAUUUCUGAACUUCUCGGCAAAAUGGCCACCCUGGAAAUGAACGCCAGAGGUCACGAGAAGUACCUGAACCAGAGGCAGUGUGUGGAGGACCUCAGGGACAACGUUCAGGAGCAGGUCCAUCAGACCAAAGACGACAGCAGGGCGCUGGAGGACAAGUACAAAAUCUGCCAGACGCUCCUCGCACAGCUUCCUCUAAUAAAGCACAUGUGUGAGGAGGCUGGCUCCAAACUCCAGAUGAUCUCCGCUGAUCUUUACCCCUCGCAGCUGAGCACAGAGCGACAGAGGCUGAAACAGAACGAGGAGAGCCUCCACACCUUGGAGAUGGUUCUCUACAACAACCUCAGCAUCAUCGAGUGGAACCUGCUGAAGGACCUGGACCUCGACUCAGAAAAGGCAACCACGCAGGCCUUCCUUGAGAAGUCCUGGCAGGAGCUUGAGAUACUCCCCAUGUUGGAUCCAAAUGAAACCGUAAUUGACGACGAAUACCAGAGAACCCUGUCUUUGAAAAAGGCCGUAGAGUCAAGAAUGAGAGCACUGGGGGUUCUGGAGCAGAAGAAGGGAAACAGACCAGGAAGUGGAUCCCAGGAUCUGAUGGACUUGAAGAAUUCCGUCCUCAGUGAUUGUGACUCACAAAUGGAAGACAUCUCGCAGGUCAAGGAGUCUCUGAGAAGCUACACAUGUGCCGUUACACAAGCAUCACGAUUCCUGAGGGACAUCGAGGCGUCUCUGCUGCCGCCGCAGGGCUCCGCUGGACUCUGCUCCGACAGCCUGGAGGAGACCCGGCAGGCUCUGGCCUCGCUGGAGCAGCAGUUCCAGACCCACAUGGAGCAGCUCCAGAGCCGGGCCGCCCUGCACCCUUACCUGUCCCGCAAGAAGGUGGAGCAGCUCCAGGAGAGCGUUCUGAGCCAGCUCCUGGUGAGGAUGUCCACCCUCCAGGCGACGGGCAACAUGCGACUGGAGCGUCUCCGCAGUUGUGCAGAACAUCACAGGAAAUACACCGAGUGCAGAGAUGAGAUCCUCCAGAGUGUGAAGAGCGCAGAGAGCAGCCUCUCACAGUUCAUCUGUCAAAAGGUCACCUGUCUCGCUGACUGCACCGACCAGCAAACCAAGCUCAGAGUUCUGUCUGAUGAGGUGGAGUCCCUGCAGAGGCGUCUGGAGGAGCUGAAGGAGUGGUGCCCAGAGCAGAGCUGUCGUGGAGGCAGGGAGGCCUCCGUCGCUGCUGUCUGGAAACGCGUAUCAAGUCUACGCCGCUGCACACAAGAGCUCACAACUCGUAGUAAACAGAGGAUCGCAAAAUGGAACGAAAUCACCAACAGUUUGGAGAAGGCCUCCGCUCUCCUGGAGCAGGUGGAGGCGGAGCUUCCUGAUGGCUCCCGGGCGAAGGCCUCCAGCGAGGACCUUCAGGACCUGCUGCAGUCCUGGGAACAGUACCAGGACAGACUGGACUGUGAACAUCGAGCCCUGUCCGCACUGGAGCUGCGUACUGCCAGGCUGCUGGGUGUCCCCGCCCACCUGGAGCAGGCUCCACCCACUCCGCUCUGUCAGCAGCUGCAGGCGAUGCAGGGGCGAUACGGCAGUGUGAAGCAGAGGAGCAAGGAGGGUCUGAAGGCAGCCAGGACGGAGCUGGAGGAGAGGGAACAGGUUCGGGAGGAGCUGCAGGGCGUCCGGGUUUGGCUGGAGGCUGCAGACGGUCUGCUGGAGGAGAUGGAGCAGAGCAGCAGCACACAGGAGCUUCAGGAGGUUCACAGCCAGCUGUGUACCCAGAAGGCUUUGCUCCAGCGCAUCAUGGAGAGCCUGAAGAUGAAGUACUCCGACAUGUACACGCUGGUCCCGGUGGAGAUCGAAGGCCAGAUGCAGGAGGUCACACAGUCGCUGCAGCACGUAGAAGCAAAGGUGGGAGAGGCGGUGGAGAAGAGCGGUCCCGUCCACAGGCUGGGGGCAAAGCUGUCUGAGAUCCAGGCUGGCCUGAUGUCUGUUAAGAAGAGACUUGAACAGAAAAGUCCCAAUGUGACGCAAGCAAAGAUCACUCAGAAGCGUGCGUGGGACGAGCUGGACGUGUGGCACUCGUGUGUGGCGUCGCUGGAGGGGGACAUGCUGGACUUGGACAAGCCGGAGGAGGUGAUGAUCCUCACCGAGAGACUUGUGGAGGUCCAGCAGCUCCACUCUCACCUGGCCAAACAGGCGGAGCAGAGGACCACCCUCCUCAGCAAGGUGCACACGUGGCUUCAGGAGCAUCAGGAGAUGAUCAGCAGCUCUAAAAGCUGGAUGGUGGAGGCCAAGUCAUGGAUCGCUUCCCCCUGCACCUACACCACGGCUAAAUGUCUGAGCAGCCAUGUUCACACUCUGCAGAUGGUGUUGGACGACUCGGCUCAGAUACGAACCACUCUGCAGGGAUUCAGUUCAGUCCUGAAGGAAAUGUCACAGGUCUGUGACGUCACGACUCUCCAGGAACAGCUGGUGGAAGCCGACCACCAAGUGGCCGACGUUCAAGAGAGCUUCACUGCUCCGCUGUCUCAGCUGAAUCACGCUGCUGACGAGGUGGAAGCCAUCGAGAUUGAAGUCCGGCGGAUGGAGAACGACGUGGCUGACAUCAAGGCCUUAUUAUUGUCUCCAGAGACUGUCGCCAGCCCCAGAGAAGAAAGCUUCAAGGCCGUUGAGAAGAGGAUCCGAUCCAUGAGGAGGACCGUAGCUGAGAUCCAGAAGUGUAAACCAGGCCUUUGUCUUCCAGAGAAGGCUGAAGAGACUCUCACUGUGUUUACUAUAGUGGACCAGCUCCAGACUCUACUGCUGGAACUGGAGAAGAAGGUCCCGGCUCUGUUCAUCCAGCAGCCUCCGACUCCGGUCCAAGCCAAAGCUCCGUCAGCUCAGCAGAUGACCUCUCAGCCUCGGUUCCUGAUAUCCACCUCAGAGGAGACGGAGAGGGAAUACAUGGAGCAGGGACAAAUCUCAAUUGUCCAUGUUGAAGAGGACCUGCUGAAGAGAUCCGGAGCAUCGCUGCAGACGGUGGAGCAGUCCUCACCUGAACAGAGACGGUCCUGGAAAUCUGGCAGCACUCAGAGUCAGCAGAGGGAGCGUCAAGGCGUGCUCCGAGCUGAAGAAGCCGGAGAGAAAACAGGGAGUCAGGAGCAGAGAGUGGAAGAAGGUGGAGGAGGUGUUUUGUGGUGGCUCUGGGAUGCUUUCCUGGCCGCUUCGCCAGAGGAACCUAUGGUUGUUGUCCCAGAGGAGACUGAAGAUGCCACUGGACAAAGCACAGAACAGACGGGAGAAGAAAAACAGGAUGUUGUGGGCCCCACUGAUACCCCAGAAGCAAGUUCAUCCGAAGCUUUAUCAAACCCCCCGGGCACAGUCAGAACUCAGUCCCUGCCUGAGAGCAUGGUAAACACAGCCUCCACCGUUAAAGUCUCCAAAGCCGAUCCUCAACAGAAAUGUGUAGUCUCCUAGAUCUAGAAUUGUAUCGCUAGAACUUCUCUCACUUCUUCUUGGUCUAAGCGUUUAAUUUCCAGCUUCUUCUAGAGCCAUGUGCAGAAAGCCUCAGAGACUUACAUCUUCUCUAGAGCUCUAGAGCCAAUCCAAGAGUUCCCAUUCAUUCUGAAACCAAUCCCAGAGCCCCCCAACCUCUUCUAGAGCGUACCCUAGAAUCCCCAUUGUGUUCAGACCUGCCAUUCCUUUGAGAACCAAGCCUAGAACACCAAUGUUUACAACCUAUCAUAGAUCUCCCAACAUCUUCUAGAUCCAACCUCAAAACUCAUCUAGAAUCAGGCCUAGAUUUCAGAGCUUCCUCUAGAAUCUUAUAGACAAAACUUAAUAACUCCAGAAUUCUUCAAGAACGAACAAAUGCAGAGUUUUUUCUAGAGAUCUAUGUCUAUAAUUCCCACUUCUCGUAGACAAAUUAGAGCUUGG